AUGUUUGACAUUUUUCAUAAAUCAACUAAUUUCACAAUUAACGAUAUUCCUGACCUUCAAGGAAAAAUCGUAAUUGUGACCGGAGCAAAUACAGGAAUAGGAUUCAUUACAGCACAAGAAUUAGCACGUAAAAAUGCAUAUGUAUUUGUGGCAUGUAGAAAUCAAACGAAAGGUGAAAAAGCGGUAGAUGAAAUAAAACGGGUGACAGGAAAUGAUAAAGUAGAAUAUUUACCAUUAGAUUUAUCAAGUUUAAAAUCGGUUCUGAAAGCAACGGAAUUGUUUUUAGAUCGAAAAUUACCAUUGCAUAUUCUUAUUAAUAAUGCUGGAAUAAUGGGAACUCCUUUCACUUUAACAGAAGAUGGUAUCCAAGAUCAAUUUGGAAUCAAUCACAUUGCUUCUGCACCUUCUAGAAUAGUCAACAUCACCAGUCACGUCCCUAAAUGUGGAAUUGAUUUUGAAGAUAUAAAUAAUCCCAAUGCUUAUAAUACGUAUUCAAGAUAUUGUCAAUCGAAAUUAGCAAAUAUUUUGUUUUCCUUAGAACUUAAUAAAAGACUCGCUGAUAAAGAAGUUUAUGUGAAUUCUGUUCAUCCAGAGAUAUUUCGUAAUUUGAAAGAUAGUACGGGAUUCAUGGUGAAAUUAAUAACUAGAUUAUUCGUGACUCCAGUUGAAAACGGAGCCAUGACAUCACUUUAUUGUGCUACCAGUCCAGAAAUUUUUGAAAAAAAUUUACGAGGAAAAUAUUUUGAACCAGUUGAUUAG